AUGAACUCCAAGCUCGACGACGACGCCUUUGGCGAGUCCAGUCUAGCUGGCCUAAAGACCUUCGAUGCCUUCCCCAAAACAAAACCCUCCUACACAACCCCAACCCGAACAGGCGGCCAAUGGACCGUCCUAAUCCUCCUAAUCAGCAGCCUAUUCAGCUACAGCGAACUCCGAACCUGGCUACGGGGCAGUGAAAACUACCACUUCACAGUCGAAAAAGGCAUCUCCCACACCCUCCAACUAAACCUCGACAUGGUAAUCCACAUGCCCUGCGACCACCUCCGAAUAAACAUCCAAGACGCAGCGGGCGACCGCAUCCUCGCCGACGAAAUGCUCUCUCACGACGACACGAACUGGUCGCUCUGGUUGGCGAAGCGCAGUUCUGCACACGAGUACCAGACGCUCGACCAUGAAGACGAUGAAAGACUGGCGGAGCAGGAGGCGGAUGUGCAUGUUGGACAUGUUCUUGGUGAGACACGGGGUGGACCGCGGAAGAGGUUUGCGAAGCCGCCGAAGAUGCGCUGGGGGGAUAAGGUUGAUGCUUGUCGCAUUUGGGGCAGUUUGGAGGGGAAUAAGGUCCAGGGCGAUUUUCAUGUUACCGCCCGUGGUCAUGGGUAUAGGGAGAAUGCGCCGCAUCUUGAUCAUGGAGCCUUCGACUUCUCACACAUGAUAACUGAACUCUCCUUCGGCCCUCACUACCCAUCCCUGCUCAACCCGCUAGACAGGACAAUCGCCGAAACAACAGACCACUACUACAAAUACCAGUACUUCCUCUCCGUCGUGCCAACACUGUACUCUCGCGGCAAGAACGCGCUCGAAACAUACACGCGCUCACUGGCGUCGACGGCUGCGCGCUAUACGCGCAAUACGGUCUUUACGAAUCAGUAUGCGGUGACCAGUCAGUCUGGAGCGAUUCCGGAGUCGCCGAUGGUUGUCCCCGGGAUUUUCUUCAAGUAUAAUAUCGAGCCGAUUAUGUUGUUGGUUAGUGAGGAAAGAGCCGGGUUUUUGUCGCUGCUUAUUAGGGUUAUUAAUACUAUUUCGGGGGUGUUGGUUACUGGGGGUUGGGUUUAUCAGAUUGUUACUUGGGUGGGUGGGUUUUGGGGGAGGAGGAGGAGGGUUAGUGAGGGUUAUUUGACGGGGAAGAGUUCUUUGGAUUGA